UGAUUACAAAAGGUUUUAAAAAUUAUGUCAAGUAUAUAUAAUAUAUAGGGAUGAAUUCAACAGUUGUAUAUCAAUAUCAAAUUUAUGACGUCAACUAUUAGAUUGUAAUGUUCUUUUCUCGUCUGUUUAUUGGACGCAUCACAACGCUAGUACUCCUGAUCAAACCUCCUAAACAUUUCUUUUAUUAGAGCGUUAAUUUUCUCAUAUGGUUUACGAGGAAGGGAAGAUAAAUUUUGUAGGCUUACGGAUACAGGUGGAAUUUUGUAAAUAGAUUAAAUUACGAGACUGUGUUAAUUGUGUGAUCAAUACUGAGUUAAAGAACACACCACGAUAAGAGAUUGACCCAGCAUCACUUUUGGUGGAGUUGAAUAAAAUUGAAAGGGUAAAUGCGUAGAUAGUUGAAAAGAGAAGAAAAACAUGGUUGGAAUAUUUGGAAGACAAUUAUUUUUUGGAAUUGCGGGAAGUGGUGUGUCUGCAGGGUUUCUUUGGGGGAUUUUUGAAGAGAAACAGCAAGCCAAUACAUUGUUAAAAAAUAAUCCAGAUUUAUUUGUUAAGUGGGAUUUCAACUGGGACAGGAGGGAUCCACAUAGUUUGGUGAAACCACCAAAGAAUGGGGACCCUUUGGAACAAAACAGGUAUAAUGACCAGCUAGUAAAAGCUACACCUAAAGCAUCAAGACAUCUGAUAUUGAUACGACAUGGGCAGUAUGUUAUGGCCAGUGAAGAUUAUGAAAGGAAGCUCACAGAGUUAGGCAAAGAACAGGCAGACAUAGUAGGGAAACGGAUCAAAAAUCUAGGUUUCCCAUUUACCCGGAUUAUCCAGUCUUCCAUGCUGAGAGCAUUAGAGACAUCGGAACUGAUUCAGAAACAUGUACAAGGAGUGAGAGUAGAAACAUGUGACUUUAUACGUGAAGGAGCUCCGAUCCCUCCAGAACCUCCAGUUGGCCACUGGAGACCUGAAGCUCAGCAGUUUUAUCAAGAUGGUGCAAGGAUUGAAGCAGCUUUCAGAAAGUAUUUCCACAGGGCAUCACCUGAUCAAGAGAAAGACAGCUAUGACGUAUUAGUAUGUCAUGCAAAUGUAAUUCGCUAUUUUGUGUGCAGGGCGUUACAGCUUCCUCCUGAAGCAUGGUUAAGGUUUUCACUUCACAAUUGUAGCAUCUCUUGGAUAGUUAUUCAACCAAGUGGACGAGUUGUUGCCUACACAGUUGGAGAUAUUGGUCACAUGCCAACUGACAAAAUGUCGACAUCUUGACUUUUUUGAAUAUUUAUAGAAUCCCAACAUGAAGUCAAAACCAGUUUCAAGAAAAUAGAAAUAUAUUUUAAUAAUUGUAAUUUUGUUUGUACUACAACUCAAUUUUUACUGUCCUUCAUCCAAAAUAGUUUCAAGAAAGUCCUCGAAUACAGUCGAAGCUAAACUUUCAUCAUUGACAAGUUAUUAUUAAAUAGUAAUCAAAUAUAUCAAGCUGUAUAAAUCAAAAUAAAGACAUCAGUUUCAUUAAAGAAGAA